GUGAAUUAGUUUAGUGACGCCUGCGCGGCUCAUUCGAGGCCGAGAGAGACAAUUUAUCACGAAACUCUUAACAACCGCCGGUAAAUUAUUCAGAUAAACGCCAUUCGUAAAAGUACAUUUUUAUCGCAGUAUAAACAAAUUAUUUUACCGCAAUCGACCAUUUGCUAGCGUUCCAAGUUACAGCAUGAUUAACGUUAGCAUGAAACGUGUUUUUCCAACAUACCGUGUACAUCUCUAAUGUUAAUGGUAUGUCACUUUAAUACUAAUUCGUUUUUGUAGGUGACCUAUUUUGUAGUGAAAUGAACUGGUUUCACUGUAACAACUGUUAUGUGAGGGAAGGGAAAAAGUUUGUUGUGUCCAGCUGUGGCCACAUAUUUUGUGAGAUUUGCGUAAAUACAAGUCAGUGCCGAGUUUGUCAUGCCAACUGUAACUACCUUCACAUAUCUGAUCAGAUGAAGCCACAGGAAAAGAUGUUUUUCAAUGAUCCAGUGAAACUUGUUCAGACUCGACUGGAACAUAUUGCACAGAUUGCUAUAUUUCAGAAAAGGCAGAAGGAGCGAGUCAUUGCAUUCUUAAGAAGCAGGUCUGUGGAACUGGAACGAAAGGUGAAAGAAGUCCGUGAUCAGUGCUACAGGCAAGUGUCUGAGCUGAAACAAGAGAACGAAGAACUAAAGAAGCCGCUUUCUCAGAGGAGGACAUCACCUGGGAGGUUUUCAAUUAAUGGAGGAACUCCAAGGAUGAUUCUUCCCGUAGCUGUCACAUCACCAGGUAUCACACCUCGCUCUAGAGCUGUCAGUUCGGGUGACACUUUGGAGAGGUUUAGACAUUCCAGACUCGGCAUGACAACACCCCCAGGGUCAUCCAUCUCUAUGUCAAGCAUGAGUUCAGUACAUGAACAUGGUUUCAGGACACCCAGCUCAGUUAACACUCCCACAAGGUCCCAACAUACAACCCCAAACAAUUUUCAGUUCCAGCUUCUGGCUAGGCCUACACUCCAGUCCCCAAGGCCAUAACCAAUAAUCAUUUGUAGCUAAUUCAGGUCAUUAGAAAGCCACUUUAUCACUAAUGCAUCCACAUCACCUAAAAGAUGAGUGAUCUACUUCAUCCAUCCUUCAUAGCAGUAUAUGCUAUUAUAUUGACAUUAAUUAAUUUAUUUGAAAAUGCUAUUUUUAGUUAGAUUAAAGAUGGCACAAAUAAAGGCUGUAUGGGCAAUAGAUAUUUUUCAUUUACAUUGGUCUCUCAGUAUCACAAGUAUUUUGCUCGUUUUUUGAAUGAGGUUAUUGUUAGAAUUGAAAUUACACGUACAAAAUGUAACUCGCUUUCAUUUUCCGAUGGAAAUGUAAUUGAAUUAAAAGAGAAAA